AUGGCUACGGUAGCUGUCGUGGGUGUUACCACCGGGGUGAUGAAGCCCCUCCUGUCCAAGCUCACCAAGCUGCUGGAAGAAGAGUACGUCAAGCUCAAAGGUGUCCGCAAGCAGAUCAAGUUUUUGAGAGACGAGUUGAAGGCCAUGAGUCCCACGCUUGAGAUGCUUGCGGAUGCAGAGGAGCUCAACCCUCCGAUGACGGCAUGGAGGGACAAGUUACGUGAGCUGGCAUAUGACUUGGAAGAUUGCAUUGAUGCCUUCAUAUCUCGUGUUGACCACGAGCGUGAUGGACAUUCGGGAUUCAUCAAGGGAUUCUUCCGCAAGCUGAAGAAACUGAAGCAACGCCAUGAUAUUGCCAAUCAGAUCCAAGAACUCAAGGCAUCUGUUAUAGAGGCAAGCGAGAGGCACAAGAGGUAUGAUUUGGCCCAACUGAAAAACAAAUCUAGCAGUUCUUCUGUUGAUCCUAGGCUGCAGGCUCUCUACGAGGAUAUUGAUAAACUUGUGGGCAUCAAUGCCCCUAAGAAGCAAAUCAUUGAGUUGUUAAGCAUGGAGAUGAAUGGGUCAUCUGCAAAACUUAAAGUUGUCUCAAUUGCUGGUUGUGGAGGUCUUGGUAAGACUACUCUUGCAAAGCUAGUCUAUGAGGACAUUAAAAACCAGUUCAAAUGUGCAGCAUUUGUGUCGGUUUCUCGAACUCCGGAUGUCAGGAAGAUUCUAAUACACAUUGCUAACGGAAUCAAGUGCACUGAUAUCAUCACAAAGGAUGAUGAUGAGCAGCAGCUCGUUAAUAAACUCAGGGAACACCUCCACGAUAAAAGGUACAUUGUUGUGAUUGAUGAUGUAUGGAACGAACAAGAUUGGGGAUUUAUCAAACUUGCAUUACCGGAUAAUGAUCUUGGGAGCAGAAUAAUCACGACGACACGUAGUGUUACAGUUGCAAAAUGUUGUUCUUCUCAAGUUUAUGAAAUGGAGGCUCUUAGUUUUGAUGACUCCAAAAGGUUGUUCUUCAGAAGAGCAUUUGGUUCUGAGAAUUCAUGUUAUCCUCACUUGGAAGAUGUUCCAGACAAAAUAUUAAGAAAAUGUGGUGGUCUACCAUUGGCAAUUGUUACUGUAUCUGGCAUAUUAACCAAUGUGUUUGCAAAAACAGAAUGGGACAGGGUACUUAAUGCUAUUGGUUCUUCACUUGCAAAGAAAGAUGAUACUAAGACGAUGACCAGUAUCUUAUCUAUGAGUUACUUUGAUAUUCCUCACCAUCUAAGAACUUGUUUGUUGUACUUGAGUGUGUACCCAGAAGAUCACAAGAUUGAGAAACAAUGUUUGAUCAAUAGGUGGAUUGCAGAAGGGUUCAUUCAUAAGGAAAAAGGUCAAAAUGAAUAUGAAACUGGUGAGCGUUACUUCAAUGAUCUGAUCAACAGAAGCAUGAUCCAACCUGUUAGAGUAAAGUAUGGUCAGGCGAAGGCAUGUCGAGUGCAUGACAUCAUCCUUGACUACAUCAAAUGCAAGGCUGCUGAGGAGAAUUUUGUAACUUCAUUAGAUGCUGCAGAGCCUGUAUACACUUCAGAGUACAAGGUUCGUAGGCUUUGUGUCAUCAACCACAAUGAAGAAAAUGUUACUUUAUGGGCAGACGAGAUCUUGUCUCAGGUUCGUUCAGUUACUAUAUUUGGACAGCCUGUGAAAUUCACUUUGUUGCCUUCCACUGCUCUUCGUGUGUUGGAACUAGGAGAUUGCAGAGGCAUGGGAGGCCAUCAUAUUGCGAGUAUUGGGAAGUUGUUUAAUCUUAAGUACUUGCGUCUCUGCUCACAUUUCAUAACUAGGCUCCCAGAGAAUGUUGGUGAACUACAACAUCUACAAACACUGGAUGUGCGAGGUACCAUAAUCGAAGAACUACCACGAACUAUAAAAAAACUUCAACAACUGGCACAUUUAUAUGUUGAUUCAGAUGUUAGAUUUCCAGAUGGAAUUAUUGGGCAGAUACUUAGCUUGGAAGAGUUGAGGCAGUAUGGAGUUGUAUCCUAUGAGCAAGGGCAGUCCCUACAACAAUUCAGCAAACUCACCAAGCUGAGGACACUAAAAAUUAAAUGGAGUUUUAAGUUACCAGAUGGCUCUGAAGGAAGAAGCCAAGCCGAGGGCAUUCACAAUUAUGUUGGAAAUUUAUUAUUUUCAUGCAACCUCCAUAACCUUAUAUAUACCGUGGAAUGGGACUUCGAUGUAAAGUACCCUAUGGCGCUACAUUCAUGGCACCCUGCAGCCUCCUGUAGCAUCCGCAAGCUCUGCAUUGAAAGAAUUCCCAUCUAUAGGGUGCCAAAUUGGAUGGGAUCACUUGUAAACCUCAGUAUGCUAAAACUGGAGGUCAUGUGUGUGCGACCAGAAGAUGUUGAGAUCCUUGGAGAAAUACCCAGUUUGCUUUUUCUCGACCUAGACACUUGGGGGGGCACUGGCGGAAGGAUCGUCUUCCCUGGCAACAGCGGAUUCGGAAGUCUAAAAUAUUUCUCCCUGUGUAUCGAUAAGUGUGGGACCUCCCUGGAGUUUGAAGCGGGAUCAAUGCCAAAGCUUGAGCACGUGGAGCUUAAGUUCAAUGCGCAUGAGAUGGAGUGCCUGAACGGUGCUUCUAGUUUGGGCAUCCAGCACCUCUCGUCUCUCAACAAGGCUGAGAUAGAAAUUUGGAGCGACUGGCGUGGGUAUGAUCAUGAUGACACUGCCCAAUGUAUUUCAAGAGCCAUUAAUGCUGCCAUCGAUACACUUCCCAACCGUCCCACUGCCAGCUUCAGAAGAGUACAUAGCUACUGUGAAGAUUUUGAAUCCUUUUUGAGGGAGUUGAAUCAAAAUCAUGAGGGGUUAUUCAAUGAGUGGCUCAAACUUUGGCAAAUUAGAGAGGAGCAGGCGAACCAACCUACUGAUGGAGAGACUGAACUAGAGGAUGAGACACAUGAAAAGGAAGAAGAGGAGCAGACUGGUGAAAAAGAAGUGGCACAUCAAGAGGACAGUGGUAGCAGCAAUUAG